CAAAUCGAAAUGGACGUCGUUAGUACACAAAAAUUAAGUGAAAAAGUGAAUAAAAAGUCAAAAAAAUCAGAAAAAAAGAAAAAACGCAAGAGAAGUCACUCCUCAAGCAGUAGCGACAGCAGUUCGUACAAAUCCUCGAAGAAAAAGUCGAAAAAAUCCAAGAAAAAGAAGAAAAACAAACACAGCAAAAAGGAAACUUCAAAAGAUGCGCCGAAAAAUACAAAAUCCGAGUCAGAAGAAGAAGAAGAUUACGGAAUUCCGCUUGACUUGAUGAACACCAAAGCAAAAGCGCCCGAAAGUCGCGAGGAAUACGAAAAAAGACAAAGUGUCGUGCGGAAAGUUUACGACGAGGAAACCGGUCGACAUCGCUUGAUAAAAGGCGACGGCGAAGUAAUUGAAGAAAUUGUCAGCAAAUCGAGACAUGACGAAAUUAACAAAGCUGCAACCCAAUCGGAUGGAAGUACGUUCCAAAAUAAACUUGGUUUGAGUAAAAGUGAUCCGAAUAAAAAAUGAAAAAUUUUUACAAUAAUUUA